CGGGAAGGGCUCGGGUGGGCUCCGGGGGGGGCUUUGGGCGCCCCCACCUCCCUAUUUUGCCUCCCCGGUGGGUGCCUGCCGGCCUCUGGGCGCUCCGUGGGGAGCUGUGGGUGCUGUGGGCGGUUUGUUUGCGGCUCCUUGGGGUGCUUGCUGUACCCACGACCCCCCUCCCCCCCCCCCCCAUUUUCCCCCUCCCCAGCUGUGGGGAGCCCCCCAAAACCCAGCAGCCGCUGGGAGAGCACCCAGCGGCUUGUUCCGGUGCUGGGGGUGCCCGGAUCCUCCCGGCACCCUUCUGGGUGUCUCGUGCCCCCCAGUUUCCCCCUAGGCGCUGUGGAGCCCCCCCGGCAGCGAUGGAGCUCCCCUGGCUGAAGCUCCUGGCCCAGCCCUGCCGCCUCCUGCUCCACGCGCUGGCCUCGGGCCCCUCCGGGACGCUGGCCGCCCUCCGCGUGCUGCAGCGGGUCCAGACCCGUGAGGAACCCAGGGGCUUCCCCUGGCAAGGCUUCACGGCCGCCCUGUGCAUGGAGGAGCCCACGCUGGAGGGGCCGGAGGAGGCCCUGGCUGUCAAACCACGGCUGCUGCUGCUCCCUGUCGUGUGCCAGAGAAACCUCUUCUCCCUGCUGCAGGCGGUGGCAGCGGUGGUGCCAGCGGACUGCGUCCGCCAGCUGCUGCGGGCUGCGAGGAGGGACCCCAGCCCGGACCCCUGGGUGCAGGCACUGGGGGACCUGCUGCAGCGGGGGCUGCGGGGCGAGGAGAGCUCCCCUCCGCCCCCUGCCCUGACGGCCGCCUGCCGGCAGCAGCUCAGGUGCCUGUGCCGAAAAAUCGCCCAGAGCAAACCGGAGGGACGAAGAAAACUGAACUGGUGCUCCAGCGAGCAGCUUGGUGCCGCAGGGGACGCGGCUGGCUCCGUGCUCCCAGGUGGGAAGCGCAAAAAAGUGUCAGAGGAGAGUCUGGAGCUGGAUGAAGAGAGAGGAGGGAAGAGGGUGCUGCUGGAGGAGGUGGUGUUUGACCUGCCGGGAAGCCAGGAUGGAGAAGAUGAAGCAGGGGUGGAAGAGAUGCCUGGGGAGACUGCGGGGGACAGAUCUGCUCAGAGCAUGGCUGGGGCGGCUCCUGAAAGCUCCCAGCAGGAUGCAGCUGGGGAGCCUGGCAGGAUUUCUCAGACAGAGGUGGCAGCUGAGGUCCAGUCCUUUAUCCAGAUGCACGGACCAAGGCUGAAAAUGCUGCUGCUGCAAGAGUCCAAUCGCUCAGAGCUGAGCAUCCCACCCGAGCUGCGUGUCCUCAGCAACUGCUCUGCUAGCCAGCUCGAGGGGUUGUGCUCCUUCCUCCAGCUUUCCACGUGCCCAGAGCAGCUUCUGGUGCGGUUCUGCAGCUGGCUGCUGGCUCUCACACCCGACCUCAGCUACGCCAGCGCAGCUGUCCUGGCUGAGCAGCUCUUCCUCAAGCGAGUCCUGUCCCUCUCGCAGCCGCCCUCCCGCCACCUCAUGGCUGCCCUCACCUCGUUCUGCUCCAAGUACUCCCAGCCUCUCUGUCAGGUCCUGGUGGCUCCAGUCCUACAGGAGCCAGGGGAAGGUGUUGAACAGACCAAGCUGGUGUGUGAGCUUGUGGAGGAGUGCCUGGAGCCUGACUGUGUGAGACUUGUGUUGAGCCAGGUCCUGGAGGUUCCUCUGUCGGAGAGGCUGCUGCCGGUGGUGCUGGCCGUGCUGGGGAGGCAGGAGGCGCUGCCCCCCGAGCUCUUCGACCUCCUGGUGCUGACGCUGUGCCGGCAGGCCCCGGCCUUCGCCACGUCUCUGAGUUAUGCCAAGCUGGUGACGGCUGUGCUCACCAUGUACCAAAGCCACGUCACACCAGCCCACCGGAGCCGCCUGGCAGCUGCUCUGGAUGGGAGCAAUGCGGCCCUGAAGAAAUCUCUGCAGGCCAUGCUGGAAGGAGUGCCUGCCAGGUGAGCACCGAGGGAGCUGCUGAUGGUUUCCUCGGAUGGAGGAUGCUUGCAUGUCGCUCACCAGCAUGACAGGAACCCAAUGAGUGGCUCAAAAAGCAGGGGGAGGCUGCAGGUGUGCCUCUGCCCGGGGCUUUGUGUGGUGCUGUGCGUUCAGCUGCCCUGCUGCAGGCUGGACUGGGGCUGUUGUGGUGUUAUCCCAGUGCAGUGACUGCCCUGGGAUAUGGGUGAUAUCUGCCCUGGGGUGUGACGAUGAGGGUUUUCUCAGUUAAACAUGAAGUUUCCACCCUU